GCGGCGCGGCAGGGCGAACUGGAAGUGCUGAGGUCCCUGCACGCCGCCGGCCAGCUGAGACCCUCGCAGCGGGACCCGCUGGACGCGCUGCCGGUGCACCACGCUGCCCGCGCGGGCAAGCUGCACUGUCUGCGCUUCCUGGUGGAGGAGGCCGCCCUGCCCGCCACGGCCCGCGCGCGCAACGGAGCCACGCCGGCCCACGACGCCGCCGCCACCGGCCACCUCGCCUGCCUGCAGUGGCUGCUCUCGGAGGGCGGCUGCGGAGUGCAGGACAGAGACAAUUCUGGUGCCACAGUCCUGCACCUGGCCGCCCGCUUCGGCCACCCCGAGUUGGUGGAAUGGCUCCUGCGCCAUGGCGGUGGGGAGGCCACCGCGACCACAGACACGGGCGCCCUGGCCAUCCACUAUGCGGCCGCCAAAGGAGACUUCCCCUCCCUGAGGCUCCUCAUCGGGCACUAUCCUGAGGGAGUGAAUGCGCAAACCAAGAACGGUGCCACGCCCCUGUACCUGGCGUGCCAGGAGGGCCACCUGGAGGUGACGCAGUACCUGGUGCAGGAGUGCGGCGCGGACCCGCACGUGAGAGCCCAAGACGGCAUGACCCCGCUGCAUGCCGCGGCGCAGAUGGGCCACUGCCCGGUCAUCGUGUGGCUGGUGAGCUGCACCGACGUGAGCCUCUCGGAGCAGGACAAUGACGGCGCCACGGCCAUGCACUUCGCGGCCAGCCGCGGCCACGCCAAAGUGCUCAGCUGGCUCCUGCUGCACGGCGGCGAGAUCACGGCCGACCUGUGGGGCGGGACCCCUCUGCACGACGCCGCUGAAAACGGGGAGCUGGAGUGCUGCCAGAUCCUGGUAGUGAACGGCGCGGAGCUGGACGUCCGCGACCGUGACGGAUACACGGCGGCCGACCUCUCGGACUAUAAUGGCCACAGCCACUGCACCCGCUACCUGCGCACCGUGGAGAACCUGAGUGUGGAGCACCGCGUGCUGUCGCGGGAUCCAUCUGCUGAGCUGGAGACCAAACAGCCCGACUCGGGCAUGUCUUCACCCGAUACCACCGUGUCGGUCCAGCCGCUGAACUUUGACCUCAGCUCACCCACCAGCACCCUCUCCAACUACGACUCCUGCUCCUCCAGCCACUCCAGCAUCAAGGGCCGGCGCCCCCCACGUGGCCUUGCCAGCUCCAGAGCUGCAGACAUACAAAGCUACAUGGACAUGCUGAGCCCGGAGCUGGGCCGACCCCAGGGCAAGAUGGGGAGAACCACACCACCACCACCACCACCCAGCUUCCCUCCGCCGCCCCCACCCCCAAGCACCCGACUGCCCCCACCCCCACCAGGCUACCCGGCUCCCAAGCCCCCUGUGGAGCCACAUGCCGCGGACAUCUACGUGCAGACCAAGAGCAAACUCCGCCAUGUGGAGAAGGAGGCCUUCAAGAAGGAGCUGAGCUCCCGCGACGGCCACAACGGGCUGCGGAGGCAGGACUCCAGCCGCAAGCCCCGCGCUUUCAGCAAGCAGCCCAGCACGGGGGACUACUACCGCCAGCUGGGCCGCUGUCCCGGGGAGCCGCUGGCCACACGCCCGGGCAUGGCGCACAGCGAGGAGGCGGCGCUGCUCCCCGGGAACCACGUGCAUAACGGCUGCGCCGCGGACCCCAAGGCGUCCAGGGAGCUGCCCCCGCCGCCCCCGCCGCCGCCGCCGCCCCUGCCGGAGGCCCAUAGCUCGCCGCCGCCGGCUCCACCCCUGCCCUUCGAGGGCGCUGGCCCUGGCUGCGGGCAGCGUCGCUCCUCCUCGUCCACUGGCAAAGUGAGAGUCCUGAGACACAGGAAGAGCACCAAGUCUUUCAACAUGAUGUCCCCGACGGGUGACAACUCGGAGCUACUGGCGGAGAUCAAGGCCGGCAAGAGUCUGAAGCCGACGCCGCAGAGCAAGGGGCUGACCACGGUGUUCUCGGGCAGCGGGCAGCCGAUCUCCCAGCCCGAAGCGCCGCUGCCGCAGGCGUCGCCCGCGCUGUCCCGGGCCCGCAGCCCCACCCCGCCGGCCGUGGGGCCCCAGCCACUGCUCAACGGCAGCGUGGCGCCGGCGCCGCCCGCCACCCCGGCGCCAGGCGUGCAGCUCGACGUGGAGGCGCUCAUCCCCACGCACGAUGAGCAGGGCCGGCCCAUCCCCGAGUGGAAGCGCCAGGUGAUGGUGCGGAAGCUGCAGCUGAAGAUGCAGGAGGAGGAGGAGCAGAGACGGAAGCUGACGUCCGCCAGCUCAUGCUGCUACCCCCGCGAGGGCUGGAGGUACUCCAGCGCGCACAACGCCAUCCUCGGGCCCUUCGGCGAGCUCAUGACCGAAGCCGACAUCCUCCGCAUCGAGCAGCAAAUCGAGAACCUGCAGGUGUUGCACAAGGCGCAGAAGCUGGAGGCGCGCCUGGAGCAGCUGGAGCUGGAGUUGGAGCAGCUGCUGCCGAUUUCGGCCGCCCUUUCCGCGCCGCGCUUCACCGUCGAUCCGCGCCGCAUGCAAGGCCGCGCAGCCAGUCUGCCUGCCUGGUGCAGCAAGAUCUCCACGCUGCUCAAGAGCAUGGCCACGCUGCUGGCCGCGCUGGGCGGCCGGCCCGCGCACCUGGCCGAGCUGCUGGCCGCCGACACCGGCCAGCCGCUGGCACCGCUGCCCGACGCGCCCUGGCGGCCGGGUCCGCUCUGCCUCGGCCGCUCGCACUCGCUCAGCUGGUGUCGCGAGGCCGUGGCGCGCGAGAUCCUCGACUGCGGCGUCUCCGUGCAGCAUCUCCGCGCCGUCUACGAGCUACGCGCCCAGGGCUCGGCGCCCGCGCGCGGCUCGCGCCGCAAGCUCUCGCUUCCCGCCGCCGCCUCGGGCCGAGAGCCCAUCCUCGAGGAGGACUACGUGGCUGCCGGCGCCGGGGAGCCAAGCGCCCCGGUCACCAACGGCUUGCCGGCCCCCUGGGACUCCGUGGGCGCGCUGGGCCCGCCCGACGCGCCGGACCACCAGGCGGCGCUGCCCGAGCCCCAGCAGCUGGCGCGCCAGCCGUCGCUCUCCACCGAGCUGCGCGGCGUCCAGGACUACAUAGAUAUGCGCAAGGAGCGCAUCGUCUACCUCUUCCUGGAGCACUGGCGCAAGUGGACCUUCCGCGGCCCCCGGCGCCACGCCCAGGCGCGCCUGCGCAGACUGCUGCCCCGCGUGGUGGCCGCCGGCACGGGCCCGGGCCCCGAGGCCGCCGACGCUCUCCAGCCGCCGGCCGGCGACGGCCCGGAUGCGCGGCUGCUGCGCCUGCUGAAGCAGCGGCAGGUGGUGGGCAAGCUGCUGGGCCACUGGCGGAGCCUGCUGCGGCAGGUGCCGGUACGCCCUUCGUGUGGCUCGGGCCUGGCUCACGGCCUGUACUGGCCCGAACACUUUCUGCCGCCCCUGGACGGCGGCGCGCCCCCGCGCUACGACAGCCUCACGCUCGACCUCUUCAUGCUCGGCUACUUCCAGCUGCUGGAGAUGGGCCUGAGCCGCGAGGAGCGCAAGUUCCGCCACCUGCUGUGCUACGAGAUGUUCGACCGGCUGGGCAGCCACCCGUGGGAGCUCAUCCGCCUCUUCCACCGCGUGGUGCUCGAGGAGGUGGAGGCUGGCCGACGAACCUGGAGCGACGGCUUCGAGGACCUCAGGCGCCAGUUCUUUGGAGACAGCCCGGAGGCUGAGCCAGCCGGGGAAGAAGAAGCGGAGAAGGAGCAAGAAGAGAAAAAAGAAGAGGAAGAGGAGGAGGGGGAGCCGGCAGAAAAGGUCCCUCCGGGUCAAACGGUGGACUGGCCAGAGGGGCAGCCCGAGGCCCCAGCUCCUGCGCCGCAGUCCCCCAGCCCCCCUCCGCCAGCCGCGCCUCCCCCGACGUGGGACCCUCCUGGUUCCGAAGCCCCUGUCGGAGACCCCCUGGAGCUGGUGUCUGAGAUGGGCGAGUUCAGCAACGAGGACAUCUGCCGCUACAUCGACCGCAGCUUCUCCUUCUGGAAGGAGAAGGAGGCAGAGCUUUUUGACAUCUGAGCAGCAGAAAUCAGAGUUUCCCCCUCAAGCAUCUUAACCCAGGCUUGGAUGCCCGUCUGAUGCCCUCUGGAGGCCAGAAGCCCACAGGAAAAACCCAGAAGCCAGCAGGGUGGCCUUGGAAAACCCGGAGUAUCCAGGACCAGGCUGCCAGAGCCUUUGAAGCCCACUAUGACCAGAUGUGGGGCAGUGGCUGCAGUGGGCAGGGCACAGGGCAAACCAGGUGUUCCCCUCUGGGCCUACAGUCUCGCCCCGGCUCUGCAUGGUAGGCAGGUAGAAGAAGCCGCCCCUCUGAGUGAGGGACCGUGGGUCCCCCCUGGGGCAGUGUGGCUCUCCUCUCUUUGGUUUUGCACUGGAAUUCACAGCUACUUCUUUGAGGUCAAGGGAGCCACAUGUGUAGUGUUCCGUGUGACGUGUUCUCCUGUGUAACAUCCACGUAAUAAAACUCUUUGCUGUAA